AUGAAAUUAAAAAGUCUAUUCAGAUCAGUUCUCAAGUACCGAAAAACGAAUUUAAGUUUGCUUCUUUUAAUCACCUAUUCGAUUAUUGCGUUACUCUAUAUUUUUGACCAUGAACGUUAUAAACUCAGCUUGCCAAAAGAGGGUGAACAUCCUGAAUUCAAAGGAUUAUUAGAAACAGCAUGGGGGGAUUUACAAAUUAUCACGGCCUCUUUUCAUCCAUAUACGUCCAAAGAGAAUGACAAAGUCCAUGACUACUUGCUCAGAAGAGUUCUUGAAAUUACAGGCAAUUCUUCGUUUGCAAGCGUUUCUGAUGACAAAGAAAGCAAAAGAUCCAUACUGUUUCAACAGCAAGAUCCUUUCAAUGAGUCCUCUGGCUUUUCGAGAAUAACCUAUUUUGAAUCUUCUAACAUAUUAGUUAAACUUGAGGGUAAAAAUCCCAAGGAAGAAGGGUUGCUUCUUUCAGCUCAUUUUGACUCUGUACCCACAGGCUAUGGGGCUACCGAUGAUGGCAUGGGUGUAGUCUCAUUAUUGGCCAAUCUUGAGUAUCAUAUAAAGCACAGACCAAGCAGAACCUUAAUCUUCAACUUCAAUAAUAAUGAAGAGUUUGGCCUAUUGGGAGCGUCAACUUAUUUUGAUCAUCCAUGGUCUGCAUUAACCAAAUAUGUGAUAAACUUAGAAGGAACUGGUGCUGGUGGCAAAGCAGUACUGUUUAGAACGUCAGACACUUCAACAGCAAGAAUAUACCAGCAAUCUGUUGAAGAGAAUCCAUUUGGUAACUCUAUUUAUCAGCAAGGUUUUUAUAGUAGAUAUGUCAGAAGUGAAACGGAUUACAAGAUUUACGAGCAAAAUGGCAUGAGGGGCUGGGAUAUCGCAUUCUACAAGCCGAGAAAUCUUUAUCAUACUAUGAAAGAUUCAAUACAAUAUACCUCCAAGGCAUCUCUAUGGCAUAUGCUACAUACAUCCUUACAAUUGAGUGCAUAUGUGGUUUCAAACCCAUUAGAUACAGCGGACAAAUCACCAGCUUGUUAUUUUGAUUUUAUCGGUUUGAAAUUUUUCGUUAUGAGUGCUAGAACGCUCUUUUACUGGAAUUGUAUAUUUCUGUUAGUUUCUCCCAUUGUGGCCAUUGGUCUGUAUCUAAUUGCUCGUGAUAGAAUUACUUGGAAAUCUUACUCUUGGCUAUCGUGGAUACGCUUUCCUCUUUCAUUAGCGGCAGGUAUUGUUGUUCAGAAGCUUUUCUCGAAUGAUAUAAUUCGUUCCAAUCCUUUGACGUUUUCAAGGAACUACUUUUGGCCCGUCUCGGCGUUUCUCACUGAAAUUCUUUUAACCAGUUACAUUUUGAUCAAUUGUUCCAAUUUUUUUUUCCCUUGUGAUGAUAUGAAAAGCUUAUCAAUUAUUGAAUUGUUCAUUAUUUUAUGGGCCGUUUUACUAUUUACCUCGAAGCUAUUGUAUAGUUCUGACUACAGGUAUACUGGGCUCUAUCCUCUCUCGAUCUUCUUUCUGCUAACCGCAAUAGCUGCUAUAUUGAAACUGCUUGGACUAGCGUUGGAGGCAAAAACAAGAAAGGAGGCUGGUAGAGAGUUUAUGGAUCAUCGCUUCAACUACAGCUCCCAUUCUCAAAUAGAUAUUGAACAAGAUAGUCAGGAAAACGUGGAACAACCCCAGAAUCAAUUUCCAUCGUCACAGGACGAACAAACAAGCACCCAAGAUGAUAAUAUAUCAACUACUUUGGCUGGCUCGUCACAUAGUGUUAAUGAUGAUCAUGAGAUGGAUUCAUCAUCACAACAACGUGAUGAAAGGGUACCUCUACUGAAGGGGUCUAGUCACAUAGAACAAGCAUUGAAUUCCACGGAAGAUUCUCCAAAGCUUGAGUAUACUGAUUAUGCCUGGAUUAUUCAAUAUUUACUAAUUGUACCGAUAUCAUCAUUUGUCUUGUUCAACAGUGUGGAUGCUAUCAUGGACGCACUAAACCAUACUGUUCAAGAAGGAAGUAAAGCAACAUUUGAUGUAAUCAGGUUUGGGAUGGUGGGCGGUAUUUUGAUUGCACUACCGAUUUUACCUUUUUUCUAUAAAGUCAACUACAUCACUGUUUCUUUAACUGUGCUACUUUUCCUGAUCUCGGCAUCGAAAACGCUUUUAGAAUCUCCCUUCACAGAUAACAACCCAUUAAAAGUAAGAUUUUCCCAAAAUAUUGAUUUGUCUCAAGGUAAUGCCGCUAGUGUACAUCUCCUUGGAAGGGAAGGAAAUUUGUUAAAACCUAUGCUGGAAGAUUUACCUAGUAUAAAAUAUAGCUCUACACAUAUCAAUUGCACGUCCAUGACCAAUGGAAUGGAACUUUGCACAUAUGAUGGAAUGCAACCAAAUUUAUUGAGCACAAACGGAAAUGCGAAUAUCAGCAGUAUGGUCAAGAUUCACAUUUUACAUGACAAUCGGAACUCGAUGGAGAGAUCUCCUUACGAACCAAUAGUUGCAGAGUUACUUCUGGAGGCGAAGGAGAACAGGGCUUGUACUUUAUCUUUUGAAAGCAGGCACCAGGCGAAGUCACCUGUGAGAGAAAUUACAGUGUAUCAAGAGAAAAAUACUGGCUCGCAGCACGCAAAUAUCACGAAGACAAUCAAAUCUGGUUCUGGCAUAAAUGAACUGCAAUUGCAUAAACUUGAUUUCGAUCAGGAAACUUAUCAUAUUGGAGUCCAGUGGUUUCCAAAACUUUUGACGGAUGGCAAUUUAGAAGAUGACAAUAUGAGUACAAAAGACGAACUAUCUGUUGCUAUUAGCUGUUAUUGGGGAGAAUACGAUUCAGAAUCGGUUGUAAAUGGUACCGCUGUUAGGAAAAUUCCAGCAUUUGAUGAAUUGAUAAAUUACGCACCUCCAAGUUUUUCCUUUACCAACGAACAGAAAGGUUUAGUUAUUGUUAAGGAUUCUAUAAUUUUAUGA